CUGUUGGACACUCCGGAGGCGGUCAAGAAGAAGCUGAAGCGUGCGUUCUGUGAGCCGGGAAAGGUUGAGGACAACGGUGUCCUGGCGUUUGUCAAACACGUGGUCUUCUCGCUGUUCGACACGUUUCAAGUGAACCGCAAAGAAGCGAACGGAGGGAACCUUAUCUACAAAGAGUACCAAAGCCUUGAAUCGGAUUUUGUCGAAAUGCGCUUACAUCCGGGAGACCUGAAGUUGGCGGUCGAGAAGUACUUGAAUCGCUUAUUAGAUCCCAUUCGCGAAGUAUUCAAAGACCCGAAGCUCAAGAAGUUGACGGACAGCGCGUAUCCGCCGCUCAACAAAAAGGGCAAAGUUGUGACGUCUGGUGAUAAUGAUAUCAAUCCAUCACUUCUGGACAUCAGAGUUGGAAAGAUUGUCGAAAUCAAUAAGCAUCCGGACGCCGACUCACUGUACGUGUCUCAAGUAGAUUUGGGCGAACCUACCGGUGCCACGCGGACAGUGGUGUCAGGUUUGGCCCAAUUGGUGCCUCGGGAACAGCUCGAGGGCCGACUGGUGGUGGUGUUGGCGAACCUAAAGCCGGCAAAAAUGCGCGGAAUUGAGUCCAAAGGCAUGAUUCUGUGC